AUGGAAGCACAAAGUGUUAAUCCAACACAAGAUCUUGGAUCAGUUUAUUACAUUCAUCCAAGUGAAAAUCCAGCAAUUUCACUUGUUUCUGAGAAAUUUAAUGGUGAGAAUUAUCAAGAUUGGAAGAGAGGUAUGAUUUUGGCACUGUUAAUGAAGAAUAAGAUGUCCUUCAUAGAUGGAAGCUUGCAGAAUCCAGGAGAAGCAUAUCCAAUGUAUAAUGCUUGGAGCAGGUGCAAUAAUAUGAUAAUAUCAUACAUACUGAGAUCUUUGGAUAAUACUCUUGCUAAGAGUGUUAUUUUCUUCUCAACUACAUAUGAGAUCUGGAAGGAUCUUGAAGACAAGUAUUCUGUAAUUUCUGGACCUAAGAUUUAUUCAUUGCAACAAACUUUGAAUCAGUUAGAACAAGGUUCUUUCUCAAUAGCUGAGUUUUUUACAAAGAUCAAAGGAAUUUGGGAUCAGAUUAGUGUUGCAAAUCCGAUUCCUCAAGAUGAAAGACUGAUUCAGUUUCUCAUGAAGCUUGAUCCUAAACAUGCUGGAGUUAGGACAAAUAUUUUGAUGAUGAAUCCUUUGCCUUCUAUGUCUGUUGCAUAUAAUCUGCUUAUUCAAGAUGAAAGGCAGAUGCAGAUUACUGAUGCAGUUACCAGGCAGCCUAGUAGCAUGGCAUUUGCAGCUGCAGAGGAGAGGAGAAUUUAUAGUAAGCAUUAUCCCACAGCUGCUCGAGCACCUCUAUUUUUUGAUCAUUGCAAGUUGAACAAUCACACCAUAGACAAGUGCUGGAAAUUACAUGGCUAUCCUGCAAAGGGAGGUUUCACCAAGAACAAAGGGAAGAGAGUUGCAGUUGUAUCCUGUGGAGAAGGUCAGAGUGAAGAAGAAUGCACCAAUUACCAAAGAACAUGGAUAAUAGACAGUGGAGCAACUGAUCAUAUAUGCUCAAAUUCGAGUUUAUUUGAUUCAUAUGAUUUGUUUGAUAAAUUUCCAAGUACAAUUACUGUGGCAAAUGGAAAGUUAGUAGAAGUUAAGCAUAUAGGUACUGUGAAGUUUGAUAAUGGUAUAGUGCUUAACAAUGUGAUGCAUGUUCCUGAUCUGCAUUUCAAUUUGAUAUCCACACAUAGGAUCUGUAGAGAUAUGUGCUGUGAUAUUGUCUUUACACAUGAUAAGUGUUUGAUUCAAGAUCAUUCCCAUAACACUUCUCUGGUUCUUGGUAAUUUGGACUCAGGUUUGUAUUCUGUAUCAGAUGAUGAUUUGAAGAAGACAGUGAUUAAACCCUCAAUAAAUUUGGCUGUAGGAGAUGAAGCUAAGCUACUGCAUUUGAGAUUAGAUGAUAUGUCAAGACAUACUUGGACAUUUUUAAUGAAACAAAAGUCUGAUUGUGUUGAUAUUUUAGAGUUCUUGAUUACUUUUAUUCUCACUCAAUUUGGUAUAUAUGUCAAGAGUUUGAGGACUGAUCAUGUAAAGGACUUGUGUGAGGGUAGAAUACUCACAGUAUAUGAGAAGUUUAGGGUUUUUCAUCAGAGGAGUUGUGUAGAUACUCCACAGCAAAAUGGAGUUGUGGAGAGAAAACAUAGGCAUCUUUUGGAGACAGCAAGGGCUUUGUUUUUUCAGUCUAAGGAUGACAUUGUCCUGUUUGGCUAUGUUACACCAUAUGAGAAAGUUUAUGAGGUUGCAGCUAGCAUUGAGCAUCUUAAAUGUAAUCUUGUUUCUUAUGAUGAGUUUCCUGUUCCAUUAAAGGCUUUCAUUACUCAGAUCUCAAGUGUAACAGAACCAGCUACUUACUUUGAAGCAGCACAACACCUAGAAUGGAUAGAUGCUAUGAAUAAAGAACUUAAAGCUUUGGCAGCCAAAAACACCUGGGUUGUUACAGAUUUGCCUAAGGGUAAGAAAGCUAUAGGGUGUAAAUGGGUGUACAAGGUGAAACUAAAGAAAGAUGGAACACUUGAAAGGUAUAAAGCAAGACUUGUUGUUAAAGGAUUUACACAUAAAUAUCGAAUAUAUUAUGAUGAAACCUUCUCUCCUGUUGUUAACAUGGCAACAAUAAGGUGUUUGCUGGCCAUUGCAGCUGGUUAUAAUUGGCCUUUGUUCCAGAUAGACAUUAACAAUGCUUUUUUGCAUGGCACACUUGAUGAAGAAGUUUACAUGAAGAUGCCUCAGGGUAUACCCAAUCCAGAGAAUAAGGUGUGCAAGCUUGUUAAAUCUUUAUAUGGGUUGAAACAAGCAAGCAGACGGUGGUUUGCUAGGUUGACCUCAGAAUUAAAGAAGAAAGUAGUAUAUGUUGAUGAUAUUAUUCUCACUGGUUCAAAUUCUGAGAUUUUGGUAGACUUAAAGGUUCAUCUGCAUCAAGUGUUCAGCAUCAAAGACUUAGGGGAGCUGAGCUAUUUUCUUGGAAUUGAGGUUUCAAGACUGCCUAGAGGAGAACUUUAUAGUGAUCCAGAACUCUACAGAUGCCUGGUAGGAAAGUUGAUUUUUCUUACUCAUACAAGGCCUGAUAUCUCUUUUGCAGUACAAACUCUAAAUCAGUUUAUGCAUAGUCCCAGAGUACAGCAUGUAAAAGCUCUACAACACCUUUUAAGGUACAUAGCUGGUACUAUAGGACAAGGUUUAUUCUUGGAAGCCUCUACACAGUUAACUUUACAUGCCUACUCAUAUUCAGACUGGGCAACCUGCAUUGAUAGUAGAAGGUUUGUGACUGGUUACUUAAUGAUGCUUGGCAAGAGUUUGGUCUCUUGGAAAUCUAAAAAGCAAUCUACUGUAUCAAAGUCAUCAACUGAGGCAGAAUAUUGA